CUCGGCUCCGGCAACGUCUCGCCCACAAAAAAACUGCCUUCUGCUCCCGCUCGGUUUCCGUCUUUUCUUCUGUUUUGCGGCAUUGUCGUGAAGAAGAGGAGACUGCCCUAGAGCGGCUUAGCAGAAGCUCCUGCUUGACGGCCAGAGAGAAGAAACAGGGAGGGGCGGGGUUGACAAGUCGCUUCGUUGUCGUGAGGGGCGCCUUCGCCAUGAGGCAGAAGAAGAAAGGAGAUCUCAGCCGGGCAGAACUGAUGAUGAUGACUAUAGCAGAUGUCAUCAAACAGCUCAUUGAUGCCCAUAACCAGGGCAAAGAUGUGAACUUAAACAAGAUAAAAACAAAGACAGCUGCCAAGUAUGGCCUUUCUGCACAGCCACGCCUGGUUGAUAUCAUUGCUGCUGUUCCCCCUCAGUAUCGCAAAGUGCUGGUUCCUAAGUUGAAAGCAAAACCCAUCCGAACUGCUAGUGGGAUUGCUGUUGUGGCAGUAAUGUGCAAACCACACAGAUGUCCACACAUUAAUUUCACAGGAAACAUAUGUGUAUACUGUCCUGGAGGGCCUGAUUCUGACUUUGAAUAUUCAACACAAUCUUACACUGGAUAUGAGCCAACAUCCAUGAGAGCCAUUCGUGCCAGGUAUGAUCCUUAUCUCCAGACCAGACACCGAGUUGAACAACUGAAGCAGCUGGGCCACAGCAUAGACAAAGUGGAAUUCAUUGUGAUGGGUGGAACAUUCAUGGCUCUUCCAGAAGAAUACAGAGAUUACUUUAUCCGUAAUUUGCAUGAUGCUUUAUCAGGUCAUACUUCUAACAGUGUGGCAGAGGCAGUCAGGUACUCUGAGCGAAGCCUUACAAAAUGCAUCGGGAUUACUAUAGAGACCAGGCCAGAUUAUUGCCUGAAACGGCAUUUGAGUGACAUGUUGUCCUAUGGAUGCACAAGGCUGGAGAUUGGAGUGCAAAGCAUUUAUGAGGAUGUGGCUAGAGACACUAACAGGGGUCAUACAGUAAAGGCUGUGUGUGAAUCGUUCCACUUAGCCAAAGAUGCUGGGUUCAAAGUGGUAGCACAUAUGAUGCCAGAUCUCCCCAACGUGGGACUUGAGAGAGACAUCAACCAGUUUGUGGAAUUUUUUGAGAAUCCUGCCUUUCGCCCAGAUGGCAUGAAGCUAUACCCAACUCUUGUGAUCCGUGGCACUGGCCUCUACGAACUCUGGAAAACUGGGAGGUACAAAAGCUAUCCUCCAAGCACCCUUGUGGAUUUGGUGGCAAGAAUUCUUGCCCUUGUGCCUCCCUGGACUCGAGUGUACCGAGUACAAAGGGAUAUCCCAAUGCCUUUAGUCACUUCAGGAGUGGAACAUGGUAACUUGAGAGAACUUGCUUUGGCCAGGAUGAAAGACUUAGGAACAGAGUGCCGUGAUGUGAGAACAAGAGAAGUUGGAAUACAAGAGAUACAUCACAAAGUGAGACCCUAUCAGGUUGAACUGGUCCGGAGAGAUUAUGUGGCCAAUGGUGGUUGGGAGACCUUUCUUGCCUAUGAAGAUCCUGAGCAGGACAUCCUGAUUGGACUUCUACGUUUGCGAAAGUGUUCAGAGGAGACAUUCAGAGCUGAGCUGAAGGGUGGGGUCUCCAUUGUCCGGGAGCUCCAUGUCUAUGGGAGUGUGGUUCCUGUCAGCAGCCGAGAUCCCUCUAAAUUCCAGCAUCAGGGAUUUGGGAUGCUGCUCAUGGAGGAGGCAGAGAGAAUUGCCAAGGAAGAGCAUGGCUCAUGGAAGAUAGCUGUCAUUUCAGGUGUGGGUACCAGAGAUUACUACAGGAAGAUUGGCUAUGGGCUAGAAGGGCCCUAUAUGGUGAAAAGACUGGACUGACCAAUUUAGAGAGGAACACCCGAGGUUUUUCUGUGCACAUUAAGGCCAGAGCAGAAUGGAAAUGCCAUGGCCCUACUACAAGCAUUGUUUGAGCUGCCAAAACAAGGUUCAUUCAGAUCACUUGAUAUCAAAGAGGCGUUCCUCUUGAGUAUCACGUUCAAAUCCAUGCCAUGAAUUUUGUUGGCCCUUCUAGCAAAAAAAAAAAAAAACUUGACCAUCCCAUUUCUUGAUUAUCAUUUGCAAAUGAAUAACAGCCCUGGAAACAUUCAGGA